AUGGAUGGACCGUUGACCCCGAGUACUUUUGUUGAGGUGCCGUCACCCACGAUUGUGAAGCCCCUCAGCAGAGGUCAUGCGUCUCUAUCCACCAGCUCAAGCAGCAGCUCCAACUCAAGCAAAGACGCCGAAGUCGAAUUGGACCCGGAAGAGGAAACACUUCUCCUGGUGUGGUACCUCCGCGUGAGGGAUGCGGCGUCUGAAAACCCGAUUCUCAAAGAUGACUAUGCUUCUGCAUUAAUGCAAAGAAUGAACUUCGACCUGUCACGGAGUCUAUUCCAACUGGACCAGACAUACAUACAGUACAUCUGCGGGAGGGCAAAGCAGAUCGACGGAUGGGCGCAAGAUUUUCUGGAUCGCCACCAGUAUGAGGAUGUCCUCGUACUUCAGCUCGCAUGCGGUCUGGACAGCAGAUGUCAGCGCCUUAGACAUGGAAAGGAAGUGAAAUGGAUUGACGUGGACCGACCCAGGGUGACCGGAUUAAGAAAACGACUCAUGCCGGAUGCAGGUUGCGAAGAUUACGCUCUUGUGACAGCAAAUGUUGCGGACGAAGACGACUCUUGGCUAAACGAAAUACCGAACGACCGGCCGACAUUGAUCAUAAUGGAAGGUCUUCUCUACUAUCUUGAACCUGAAGAAGGCAUACGAUUAAUCCAACGACUUCUUGGUCAUUUCAAACACGGCAAUAUUGCGUGCGACACGAUUGGCUCUAUAACCGUGGUAUUUACAUCGCUUUUGGAAGCAUUCCGCAACAGCGAGGCCCGGAUGAGAUGGGGGAUUGAUGACGCGAAUGAUAUUAGAAAGUUGGACAGACGUUUGGUAUUGAGGCACAGGGUAUUUGCUCACGACUUCAUGGGUACGGGAUGGUUUGGGAAACGAUAUCCUCCAAUGUUUGGCGGAUGGACACCACUUAUCUCACUGCUGCCGUCAUUCAAGAAGAAUGGACAAUUCCUACAUUUUGAAUUUUAG